GGCGAAAAAAAUUCACAGAAUCUUUCCCCUUCCAUCUCUUUCAUUCCAGACGCCUCCCCUUCCCAGUAACGGCUGCUUUAUCUUCUCGCUCGCUACGCAACCAAAUCCUAUCUUUUAGACUGGUUUCGUGAUUGGCCGGAAAUAAAGGGUGCGGUGGCCCCCCUCGACAGUAGCAGCCCCCAUAAGCGCUGUCUUCUCCCCGCUCCCUCUCCUUCGCUGGCACGUUCUCGCCAGCUAUCAAUCCAAUCACCCCAUCAUGCCGUCAGGUGCGAAGAAGAGGAAAGCCGCCCGGCGGAAGAAGGAGAUGGGCAUCCACCUACCAGAUUCUCCUACCAACCCUUCUCCUGGCAACGGCGAGAGCCACGACUCCAAGGGCGAGACCAGCGACGAGGGCGAGGAGAGGAAGGGCGAAUCUCCGAGAUCGGAAUCCAUCGUUACCGCGAUGGAUAGCUCGGAGAACGGCAAAGAGAAGCCUGGUGAGGAGACCGCCAAGGUGACCGAGAAUCCUUCAAAGGAGGAGAAGGAAAAGGAAAAGGUGGUCGAGGAGGAGACGGUGGCGAUACCUGUUUCCAGGGAGGCUGAGGAUGUGAGUGUCGAGCUGGCCCCGUCCGAGAAGGAGGAGGUGGGUGGCGGCGGCGGCGAGGGGUCCACUGAGGUUGCGGAAGAAAAGACGGCGGCGGCGGCGGCGUCGGUUGUUCCUGUUCAUGAACCCGUUUUUGUAACCGAGGAGGUCGUAGAAGCUGCCGAAGCUGCGGCGGUGACUUCGGAGGCUCUAGCACAUGAGAGUGAAGUGAAGCCGGUGCCUAUUUUCGACGCUCCGGUGGAUCCGGCUAUCGAACAGCCUCAGCCUCGUGAGAGUGGCGAACUCUGCCAUGAGAGUGAGAGAUUUGAGGCUUCCCCGGCCCCACCGGUGGAGCAUCGCGCAACAUGGUGGAACUGCUGUGGAUUGUUUGAUGUUUUUACAAGCUCCAGAGAUGCUACCAGAACUUGAAGAUGCAUCAAGAAAGAGCAAUUCAUGAAGAUCCCUAUAUCAAAGCUAGGAUGCUUUUUUUAGGUGGGUAAUGAACGUAGACGACAAAGGUAAUUGGAUGGUCAUCUGAUGUGUGCUCUUAUGGUUCAUGGUUAGGAUGCCAACAUCAUUGGCUCGUCAACUAUUUCUGGUUUCUUUGUGCUGAUGUCUGUAUGAUUUUUGAUUGGUUUUCUGAUGUAAAGUCUUGCACCAUGCCAAAGUAUGUCCAUGCCUUUAUUGCUGGAAAACCUUUCUGCUGCAAGGUGUGGAUUUUGAUCGGUUGCUCUUGUUGGCUUGAUGUGCUUGUGAAUGUGUGCAAUAUCCAUAAAACAUAUUCUUUUGGCAUCUCUUGUCCAAUUUUAUCAGAUGUCCCUUGAGUGACAUCUUUUGUUUAUUUCA